AUGAAGUCGUUUCGACUUUGUUAUAGGAAAUGGGGAAGGCUAGUUAAUAAUUAUAAUAAACAUAAUAAUCAUAAUAAUCAUAAUAAACAUUAUUACCAUAAUAAGAAUGAUAAUACCUGCUCGAUUUAUAAUCAAUUUUUAAUUAAGUUUUAUUUAUAUAACAACUCAAAGAUAAAUAUUGAUGUAUAUAUAAAAUUAAUAUCCUUAUUAAAUAUAAAUAAAGAUGAAUAUAAUAAAUGUAAUAAUAUUUUAAAUUCUUCCAAUUUUAGGGACCCCAAUUUAAUUUUAUAUAAAUAUUUUCAGUACGUAGAUAAAAAGAAUAGUAAUGAAAAAAUAAUUAAACUAUUGUCUUUGUUGUAUUCAAAAAAUUUAAGAGAAUACCGUGAUAAGAACACCUAUUUGUUGAAUUCAUCAAUACAUGUAAACCAUAUAUUUUUUAAACAUAUUUUACAAUACCAGGACAGAUUAAAUAAUAAUAAUAAAAAAAAUGAUGCAUCAUAUUAUAUGAAUAAUAAAAAUAUAUAUUCUAUGUAUACGGAUUUUUUUUUAUUUACUUUAGAUUUUUACCUAUAUUAUUUAUCCAAGAAUAGUAAUAUGCUAAAUAUAAAUGAACUAAAUAUUAUCUCGGAAAUAUAUUCCAAUGUAAACAUAACAAUAAAUAAGGAGAGUUUCGAAAAUGUGGAAGAAAAAGAAAAAGAAAGAAUAAGUAAUAAAUACCACCAUCAUACAAAUGAUAAAAACGAAUUGUAUGACAAAAACAUUUAUAGUGAUGAUAAAAAUAUUUGUUUUAAUUAUUAUAUGUGUAAAGAGAAAAAGGAUAAUAUACAUAAUGAUAAAUAUAAAGAUCCACACACAUAUAAUAACAAAAUUUGCUUAUUAUUUAUAUAUAUUAGCUGUAGUAUUGUUUCACAAACAUAUAAACAUAUAAUGAAAAAAGAAAAUAAUGUAGAAAAAAAAAGAAAGAAAAUGAAAUCUUUAGACAAUUUCAUUAUUAAAAAUAUAAAUGAAUGUAAACAUAUUUUAAUGGAUAAUUUAAUAAAUAAAUGUAUUAAUGAUCAAUAUAUAAGAUAUAUAAUUUUAAGAAGAAAAUAUUGUAGUACAUAUUUAAAUAUAAAUGUAUUAAAAAAAUAUCUUAAUAGUAUAAAAUAUUUAAAUAUAAUAAAUAUAAAAAAAAGCUUUUAUUAUAUAUGUUAUUUAUAUUAUAAUUCUUAUAUAUUUAAUAAAUCUAUAUAUUACUGUUCUUUAAUAUUUUAUUUAUUACAAAAAUAUAAUUUACAUUAUACAUAUUUAUAUCAAAUAUUGUUAAUCAAAUUUAAUUUAUUUCUGUUGAAAGAUAGGAAAAUAUAUAACGAUUAUAAUAAACACAUCCUUUUAUAUGGAAUUAAUAAAUUUGUUGAUACAAUUAUAAUAUCUAGGAUAAAAAAAUAUGAUCGUAUAAAUACAAUAAAAAAUAUGUCCUCAUUAUUUAAAAUAUCCCAUAACUUUUAUAUUAACAUAUAUGGAAAAGAAUAUGUAGACAAUAAAAUAAUACAUGAUCUAUUAUUUAAUAAAGUAUAUAUUAUUCAAAAUAAACAACACAAAAACAAAAAAAAAAUCAAAAAAAUAACAAACUUACACUUGUUACAAUUAACCUAUUUUGAAUAUGUAAUCUUAAAUCUAUUUAAAUAUCUGUAUAAAAAAAAACCAUGGCUUAAUCAUAAAAGUAGUAACAACAAAUUUAAUACAUCUAACAUUAAUUAUGUGCAUACUUGUGAUCAAUUCCAAUCUUUAUAUAAAAAUCAAAAAUAUACAAACACGAUAUUUCAUAAAUCUUCUAUAUACGUGUCAGAAAAUUAUUUAUCUAACAUUAUACUUUUAACAAUAUAUGUAGAAACAUCUAUGCCAAUUCUUUUUUCAUAUUUACAAAAGUUAUAUAUAUUUCCAAAAGUAAGAAUGAAAAAUUAUGUCAAGUACAAGUGUGCAAAGCAAUUAAAUAUAUUAAUGAGAAAAAAUCAUCGUAAAUGUAAUGUUUAUAAAAAAUAUGUAUUUUUAAAAAAUAAUAAAAAUGGAAACAAGCAUGAGUAUAUAAAAGGAAAGCUUUAUAACAUAUAUAGGAAUCCCUUGUGUAAUGAUAAAUAUUUGAACAUUUUUAUGUACAAAAGAUUACAAAGAAAGGAACAAAAAGUUGGUAAUAAUAAGGAUAAUAAUAAUGAUAAUAAUAAUAAUGAUAAUAAUAAUAAUGAUAAUAAUAAUAAUGAUAAUAAUAAUAAUGAUAAUAAUAAUAAUGAUAAUAAUCAUAGAAAUAAUAAUCAACAUAAUAAUAAUCAACAUAUUUCUAAUUUUUUAUGUUCCAUAUAUAAUUUAUUCAAAAGCAAAAUAUUAGAAAAUAACAAACUGGAUCCAUAUUAUUCAGACAAAUAUAAAAAAAAAUAUAUAGACCAGCAAAACCUAUUUAAUAAUAUAAGAAACAAUAAAAACAAUAAAAUUAAAACUAGUCUCACACACUAUUAUAUAAGUAGCAAUAUAAAAAAUAUUUAUAAUGAUAACAAUAUAUAUAAUGAAAAAAAUAUACUGACAUUUUUUUGUGAUAUAUAUUUUAAUAAUCAUAUUAUUGAAAUAGAUGGACCUAAACAUUUCUUUCUUUAUUAUAAUUAUGAAUAUGAUAAUGAACAUUUCCUUAGUCCUUUUAUUUUAAAAAAUAAUGAUAUUUUUAAUUAUAAAUAUGUCUUCCCAUUCUUCUUUAAUAGUACGAAUAAAAUAAUAAAAAAUAUUGGAAGCGAUUAUUAUAUAUAUAAUGACAAGAGCAUUAAAAAGAAUUUCUUUCUGUAUACUUCGGGCUACUUUAUUAAGCAUAUAAAUUACAAGGAAGAGCAUAUAACAGAUUAUAAAUAUUUAUAUAAUCUAAUAUUUAAAAAAAAAUCCGACUUGCACAUAAUAUAA